AUUAGGACCUUAGUGGGAAAACUGGCGUGGACGCAGGAUCUUACAGCAGCGAGCGAGCGGCAUAGCGUCAGCUUGGUGGCGCAGCAUUUCUAAGGUCAUCCCGAUUCCCCUGGGUCACUCGACCCCCCUGGGUCAUCCGACCCCCGGGGUCAUUUCGACCCCCAGGGUUAUUUCGACCCCGAGAUUAACCUGGAAAAGCAGUUGUGAGCAAUAACAAGGCAGGGGAUGAGUGACGAGGUUCAACCCCAGCAAGUGAGUGCGCCGUACCAGCUGCGGCCCAGGAAAGUGUCGGUGGUUGUGAUGCAGCCACAACCCAUCGAGCGCCCGGCCACACCGAUGAUGGAUGUGUGCUAUUCAAGCGACGACGACGAGCUGAAUAGCACCAUCAUCGCGAUGCCGGAACCCGCGUCGGAGUGUGAGGCAGCGGAGGCGGCCAUGGACUUGGAGCCACCAGCAGCAGCACAGCCAACACCAACGGGAUCCCCUGUCCCGGGCAACGUGGUAGCUGCUGGGCCCAUCGACGCGGGAAGUUGUGCCCUGCUGAUGGCACAGCUUCAAAGCAUCGGCGCCCAGCUAACGACGGCGCUGGAGGAGCUGCGACUUUGCCGCGAGGAAAACGCGGCACUUCGUUGCGAGAACGAGCUGCUGCUCACGGGCUCUCGUUCGGUGCUUGAGCUGCAGACUGCAGCGAACGCAAGCCUCCAGCAGUCGUCGGGGCAAGGCGGUAACCGGGAGACUGCCCGGAAGCGCCAGCAGCGGCUGAGGCGACGAGAGCGUGAACGGCAGCAGCAGCAGCAGCAACAGCAGCAGCAGCAGCAGCAGCAGCAGCCGCAGCAGCAGCAGCAGCAGCAGCAGCAGCAGCAGCAGCAGCAGCAGCAGCAGCAGCAGCAAAGUUUGCCUCGACACGAACAGAGGCAGCAGCAGCUUCCUCCACGAUUGCAGCAGCAACAGCAGCAACAGCAGCAGCCGCAGCAACAACAGCAGCAGCAGCCGCAGCAGCAGCUUUGGACAACGGUGGUAAGAGGCCGCCCGUCCCAGCGGCAACGUGAACCGCAGCAGCAGCAGCAGCAGCAGCAACCGCAGCAGCAGCAAGGUGAGCGCUAUGUUCCACCACAGCUCCGGCAGCAGCGACAGCAGCAGCAGCACCCACAGCAGCAGCAGCACCUGCAGCAGCAGCAGCAGCAGCAACAACAGCGUUCGCAGCAACAGCGACCGCAGCAACAGCGUCAACAGCAGCAGCGAUCACAGCAGCGAAAGCCGGCCAAGCCCGAGCUUAUCGAGGUAUCACCCAACGAAGGUCAGGAUUGGGAGAGCCUUCUGCUGCUUGUGCAAACGGCAGUCAGGACUGACGAGCGGUACAAGCCGCUUAAGGACCACGUCGUCCUGGGCCGCCGCACCAGUAAGGCGUUGCUGCGUCUCACGCUCAGCCGCAAGGCGAAUGCGCAGUACAUGCUGCAGCAGGUUCGUGCCAUCGUGGGCAGUGCUGGAGUGUGUCAGCAUGUCACAGAAAUGGCGUCAGUGGUCAUUCAUGACGUCGACCCGCUAGCCCGAGAAGACGAACUCACUUCGCUGCUUGACAGCAAGUUCGAGUUGGGAGCGGGAAUUGUGUCCACAACGAUGAAUAAGAUGGCCGACGGCACCCAACGUGCGUAUGUGCGACUGCCGGUGAAGUUUGCGAAGGAACUCGACGGCACUAAGAUUAAGCUGGGCUUUUGCGUCAGCAAAAUCAGAGCCACGCCACCGACCCCUCGAGAGCGUGUGCGCUGCUAUCGCUGCCUCGAGCUGGGUCAUUGGGCCCAUGACUGCCGCUCACCCGACUACCGGCAGAACAUGUGCAUACGCUGCAGCGUCGUGGGGCACAUGGCAAAGGUAUGCACUUCUCAGCCAAAGUGCCUCAAGUGCGGUGGUCCACACACAAUUGGACACCCCGACUGCGCCCGGUCGGCCGUGCAAUGAUCC